UCGCUUACUGCCGUCGCGCACGCUGUCAUUGCCACGUCGCCUGCUCAGACACUCCCGUUACGUAACGAUGACCAGCAACAACCUCGUGCCGCCGCUGUACGAGGGCAUCGGUACCGUCGUCAGACAUGACGGAAGAAUCAAGUGGCGACAGGAGCCCGAGUUUCUCCGCAUGCUGCAAGGGUGCGACUUCGAAUCAAGAGACGACGACGUGUGGAUCGUAGGAUACCCAAAAUCCGGCCGCCAGUUCUUGCACAACAUCGUCACGGCCAUACUGCAUCGCGCCGAUGCGGACACGUUCAAGGAGCGCACGACGCGGCCGAUGGGCUCGCUGGAGACGGGACUCAUGAUGGGACCUCGACAGCGAAUCUUCAAGGUCAAUAUCACGCCGACUCCGCGCGUGCUCAUCUGCCGCAUGAGAUACGACGAGAUUCCGGCGUCGGUCGUCGCCAGACCGAAUAAGAUCAUCUAUGUGCUGCGAAACCCGAAGGACGUGGCAGCAGAAUACUAUAUACACCACAAGACGGAAAGGGCGUUCACGAGCACAAAGGGCCGCAUCACGACACCCUGGGACGAUUACUACGAAUACUUCCUAAGCGGAGAUGUUAUGGGCGGGUCGUUGUUUGACCUUGUUCUUGACUGGUGGCGCCAUCGCGAGGAGAAACAUAUCAAGUUCGUUACCUACGAAGAAAUCACAAAGGAUCUGGCGGCAGCGGUCGUGGACCUUUCGCAGUUUCUGGGCGUUGAGCUCAACGAAGAGGAGAUAGCGAAAGUAGUCUCUCUCAACGAACUGCCCACAGAACUGAGUGGGCUGAAGGAAUCCAACGCUGAUCAGAAAGGUUCCAUAUCAACGUGGAGACAGUUCUUUACGGACGAGCAGAGCGAGAGAUUCGACAAACUUUGCAACGAGAGACUGAAAGACAGUGGCGUGAAGCUACCAUGCACAUGAUUGCCUACACGUAUUCCUAUCACUAUGCUGACAGCAGUGUCCACCCCCCCCCCUGACUGAGAGCAGGUCAGUGAUGAUGCCGGCUCGUCUCUACUCACCCUCCCGAAGUCACAUGUGACAGUACCACUCACCGUCAACAAGGACUUCACCAUUUCAGAAGCGCAAGCAUCAUAGAACAAGCAUUUGUGGCAGUUACUACGACUCAGCGACUACCUAGAUGUUAAGCUAUGUUAAAAUACAUUGUAAUGCUAGGGGGAACAGGAGGUAAAUUGCAUGCAAUGAGUAGAUAAAACACAGAUUAUAUUAUCAACUGCAAAGUCUACUAUACCGAGUCCUACGCUUGCUAUUAAGCCCAAAGGCCUACUGCGCAGUUCAGUUAUAAUAAGACUCAGUUCAGACAAAGACAUUCUACUGUUUAUUUUAUCGGAAAAACAAAAGUGCCAGAUUAAAUAAAGAACAACUCUAAAUGUGUAGGUUUAGACUA